UGCGGGGGGGGGGGGUUGAAGUGCUGAGAGGGUUCCAGUUGAUGUUGCUGCUCCUGGGCCGCAGGGUUCCGCUGUCAUUCGUACACAGACUCACUACCUGUCGUCCACCGCCGAGGCCCGUUCUGCUCCGCUCAGCUUUAUUAAAACUCUCAGCGAUAACUGGAGCCACACACACAACCGUCUUCGUAAGCGCAACUGGCCAACACACAGGAACCAUGCCCGAAAGGAGGCCCUUCGUACGGUUACCAGCUGACGUUUACCCCGUCAACUAUGGCUUGUGCCUGAAGCCCGACCUCAUCGACUUCACCUUCGAAGGAAAGCUGGAGGCGCUGGUGGAGGUUACACAAGCCACAAAUCAGAUUGUGAUGAACUGUGCCGACAUCGACAUCAUCACGGCGUCCUUCGUGCUGCCGGGCGGCGAUGAAAUUAACGCCACAGGAUUCAACUAUCAGAAUGAGGACGAGAAAGUCACCUUGUCGUUUCCUAGCGCCUUACAGAAAGGCUCUGGCACGUUGAAGGUGGAUUUUGUCGGGGAGCUGAACGACAAAAUGAAGGGGUUCUAUAGGAGUAAAUACACGGCCCCCACCGGGGAGGUCCGCUACGCUGCCGUCACUCAGUUUGAGGCUACGGAUGCUCGCAGAGCUUUCCCCUGCUGGGAUGAGCCAGCUAUCAAAGCCACCUUUGACAUCGCUCUGAUAGUUCCCAAGGACCGCGUAGCCUUGUCAAAUAUGAAUGUCAUCGACCGGAAGCCGUGCCCGGAGGACGCAAACCUGGUGGAGGUGAAGUUCGCCACCACGCCCAUCAUGUCCACCUACCUCGUCGCGUUCGUCAUCGGGGAGUACGACUUCGUGGAGAGCCAGUCGUCGGACGGCAUCACGGUGCGCGUCUACACGCCGGUCGGCAAGGCGGAGCAAGGGAAGUUUGCGCUGGAGGUUGCGACUAAGACCUUACCGUUCUACAAAGACUACUUCAGCGUUCCUUAUCCGUUGCCUAAAAUUGAUCUAAUAGCCAUCGCUGAUUUUGCUGCUGGUGCCAUGGAGAACUGGGGCCUUGUUACCUACAGGGAGACGGCGCUGCUGAUCGACCCCAAGAACUCCUGCUCGUCCUCCAGGCAGUGGGUGGCGCUGGUGGUCGGACACGAACUCGCCCACCAGUGGUUCGGAAACUUAGUCACCAUGGAAUGGUGGACCCACCUGUGGCUCAAUGAGGGAUUUGCAUCCUGGAUCGAGUACCUGUGUGUGGACCACUGCUUCCCAGAAUACGACAUCUGGACCCAGUUUGUCUCGGCUGACUACACCCGCGCUCUGGACCUGGACGCGCUGGACAGCAGCCACCCCAUCGAGGUGAACGUGGGCCAUCCGUCCGAGGUGGAUGAAAUCUUUGACGCCAUCUCCUACAGCAAAGGGGCGUCGGUGAUCCGCAUGCUGCACAACUGGACGGGGGACGAGGACUUCAGGAAAGGAAUGAACGCCUAUCUUCUGAAGUUCCAGCAUAAGAACGCUUCGACAGAGGACCUGUGGGAAUGUCUGGAACAGGCCAGCGGGAAACCCAUCGCCGAGGUGAUGAGCUCCUGGACCAAACAGAUGGGCUUCCCCAUCAUCGUGGUGGAAGAGGAGAAGCAGGGUGACGAGCGCAUCCUCAAGUUAUCUCAGAAGAAGUUCUGUGCCAGUGGACCACACAACGGUGAGAGCUGCCCCAGCUGGAUGGUCCCCGUCAGCAUUUGCACCAGCGAGGACCCCAAAUGCACGAAGCUCAAGGUUCUGCUGGACAGACCCGAGACCACCGUGACCCUGAGCGGCGUGGCGCCCGACCAGUGGAUCAAGAUCAACCCCGGCACCGUGGGCUUCUACCGCAUCCAGUACAGCACGGCCAUGCUGGAGAGCCUGCUGCCGGGGGUCCGGGACCUCAGCCUGCCGCCCGUGGACCGACUCGGCCUGCAGAACGACCUCUUCUCCCUGUCUCGCGCAGGCAUGAUCAGCACGGUGGAGGUGCUGAAGCUGAUGGAGGCGUUCGUCAACGAGCCCAACUACACGGUCUGGAGCGACCUCAGCAGCAACCUGGGGGUGCUGUCCUCGCUGCUGUCCCACACCGAGUUCCACGAGGACAUCCAGGAGUUCAUCCGGGACCUGUUCACCCCCAUCGGCCUGGAGCUCGGCUGGGACUGCAAGCCGGGGGAAGGUCACCUGGACGCCCUGCUUAGAGGUCUGGUUCUGGGGAAGCUGGGGAAGGCGGGUCACAAACCCACGCUGGAGGAGGCCCGGCGGAGAUUCAGGGACCACGUGGAGGGAAAGCAGGUGCUGCCUGCCGACCUGCGGAGCCCGGUGUAUCUAACCGUGCUGAAGCACGGCGACAGCGCCACGUUGGACACAAUGAUGAAGCUCCACAAACUAGCAGACAUGCAGGAGGAAAAGAAUCGCAUCGAGCGAGUGCUGGGCGCCAUCUCCGCCCCCGACCUCAUCCAGAAGGUCCUCAGCUUCGCCCUCUCGGAAGACGUCCGUCCCCAGGACACGGUCUUUGUAAUCGGGGGCGUGGCCGGCAGCAGCAAACAAGGCCGGAAAGCGGCCUGGAAGUUUGUCAAGGACAACUGGGAGGAGCUUUAUAACCGCUACCAGGGCGGCUUCCUCAUAUCGCAGCUCAUCAAGUACACCGUUGAUGGCUUUGCCAUCGACAAAAUGGCCGCUGAA